AAAAAAAGUAGUAUUCUUUCUCUCCCUCCAUUCAUUCUUUCAUAAGCCAACAUUUAUUGCAUUUUGCCAGGCACUGCUUUGGGCACCUCAAAAAUGCUGAUGAUAUUUUUAACAUUUUGUUAGUGGUAGUUCCUGGUUUAGAGGUGGUUAUAGGUCUAUGAAGAAAGAAGUGAUUCAGGUAUAUCAAGCUUUUAAUCAGUAAAGACAUUGAAUAACGUUUUUAUAAUGUAUUAAUUUUGACUCGUGACAGUUAAUUAUCUUAACAUCUCCAUGGAAAAAGUUUAGCUAUCACUGUGAGUUCAUGUUGUUAUGGGAUUAUUUUUGCACUAUUUUAUACACCUGUUAAUUUUAAGUACUCCUGUAGACAAACCACAGGUAAAACAUUUUGUUUUGGUGUAUGUCUCAACGAGCAGUGAUUUACAAAUACUAUAUGUGUUCAGAUUCCCCAGGAAGCCAUCACACUCCUUCCCACUGUGGUUUUGGGAGCAUGAAGGCGUUGCUUAUCCCCUGUGUCUGGUUCACUGUAUGUAGGCUGGGAGUGUCUGCUGAUCACUUGGAGUGCUGUCCCUUGGAACAGGAGGAGUAAGAUUGAGAGCCUUCCAGAGACAAGCCAAGUGAGACUUUUUCCUCAGAGAUGGUUCUAGUUCCUGCUGUGCUCAGAGGAAGAAGGAAAGAGACUCACCCCUUUAGAAGCACCCCUGCAGUGGACCAUGAGUUGGUAAUGCCCACUGAGGACCUCUGGGAGCCAUGUCAGACGAAUCUGCCUCAGGGAGCGAUCCAGACCUGGACCCGGACGUGGAGCUGGAGGAUGCGGAAGAGGAGGAGGAGGAGGAGGAGGUGGCAGUGGAGGAGUGUGACAGGGAUGAUGAAGAAGAACUGCUGGAUGACCCAUCCCUGGAAGGCAUGUGUGGCACUGAGCAUGCCCAGUUGGGAGAAGAUGGGCAGCAGCCGCCGCGGUGCACUUCAACUACCUCAUCUCAGUCUGAGCCUUCAGAGCAGCUUAGGCGCCACCAAGGCAAGAACCUAGCCUCCGAGGACCCCAAAAAGAAGAGAGCUCAGAAGCCCUCCCACAUGAGAAGAAACAUACGAAAGCUACUCCGGGAGGAUCAAUUGGAGCCUGUUACCAAAGCAGCACAGCAAGAAGAAUUGGAAAGAAGGAAGCGCCUGGAGCAGCAGAGGAAAGAUUAUGCAGCCCCUAUUCCUACAGUUCCGCUGGAGUUCCUCCCUGAGGAAAUUGCUUUAAGAGCAAGUGAUGGUCCCCAACUGCCUCCUCGGGUCUUGGCCCAGGAAGUCAUUUGUUUGGACAGUAGCAGUGGCAGUGAGGAUGAAAAAAGCAGUCGAGAUGAGGUGAUUGAACUGAGCUCUGGAGAGGAGGACACUCUGCACAUUGUCGACAGCAGUGAGUCUGUCAGUGAAGACGAUGAGGAAGAAGAGAAGGGUGGCACCCAUGUCAAUGAUGUCUUAAACCAGCGUGACGCCCUUGGGCGGGUCCUUGUCAACCUAAACCACCCUCCAGAGGAGGAAAAUGUCUUCCUUGCCCCACAGUUGGCACGGGCUGUGAAACCUCAUCAGAUUGGCGGGAUCCGGUUCCUUUACGAUAACCUAGUGGAGUCCCUGGAGAGGUUUAAGACCAGCAGUGGCUUUGGCUGUAUUCUGGCCCACAGCAUGGGUCUGGGGAAAACUUUGCAAGUGAUCUCUUUCAUCGACGUCCUCUUCCGCCACACGCCAGCCAAAACAGUCCUUGCCAUUGUGCCGGUUAAUACUCUUCAGAAUUGGCUGGCAGAGUUCAACAUGUGGCUUCCACCUCCUGAAGCCCUCCCGGCUGACAACAAGCCUGAAGAAGUCCAACCUCGGUUCUUUAAAGUUCACAUCUUGAAUGAUGAGCACAAGACGAUGGCAUCUCGUGCUAAAGUGAUGGCUGAUUGGGUGUCAGAGGGUGGCGUGCUGCUGAUGGGGUAUGAGAUGUACAGACUCCUCACUCUGAAGAAAUCAUUUGCCACAGGUAGACCGAAGAAAACCAAGAAACGUUCUCACCCAGUCAUCAUUGAUCUAGAUGAGGAAGAUCGGCAGCAGGAGUUUCGGAGAGAGUUUGAGAAGGCUUUAUGCCGCCCUGGCCCUGAUGUAGUAAUCUGUGAUGAGGGGCACCGCAUCAAAAACUGCCAGGCCAGCACCUCACAGGCUCUGAAGAAUAUCCGCUCUCGCCGCCGGGUGGUGCUGACUGGGUACCCUCUGCAAAACAACCUCAUUGAGUACUGGUGCAUGGUGGACUUUGUGCGCCCAGACUUCCUUGGCACCCGGCAGGAGUUCAGCAACAUGUUUGAACGCCCUAUCCUGAAUGGGCAAUGUAUUGACAGCACACCUCAGGACGUCCGUCUCAUGCGGUACCGGAGCCAUGUCCUGCACAGUCUUCUGGAGGGCUUUGUGCAGAGGAGAGGCCACACUGUGCUGAAGAUUCAUCUCCCUGCCAAGGAAGAAAAUGUGAUCCUUGUGCGGCUCUCCAGGAUCCAGCGAGAUUUGUACACACAGUUCAUGGAUCGCUUCCGGGACUGUGGUAGCAGCGGUUGGCUGGGGCUGAACCCCCUUAAGGCAUUCUGUGUGUGUUGCAAGAUCUGGAAUCACCCUGAUGUGCUGUAUGAAGCCCUUCAGAAGGAGAGCUUGGCCAAUGAGCAGGACUUAGACGUGGAAGAACUUGGCUCUGCGGGGACCAGUGCCCGCUGUCCACCACAGGGAACAAAAGGCAAGGGAGAGGAUAGCACCUUGGCUUCCUCAAUGGGAGAGGCAACCAAUAGCAAGUUCCUACAGGGCGUUGGCUUCAACCCUUUCCAGGAGCGAGGCAACAACAUCGUCACAUAUGAAUGGGCCAAGGACCUUCUGACUAAUUACCAGACUGGAGUCCUAGAAAACUCUCCCAAGAUGGUACUGCUUUUCCACCUGAUUGAGGAAAGUGUGAAGCUUGGGGACAAGAUCCUUGUGUUUAGCCAGAGUCUUUCCACCUUGGCUCUCAUCGAGGAAUUCCUUGGAAAACGAGAAGUACCCUGUCCACCUGGUGCCGAGGGGCAAGGAGCACAGAAGUGGGUUCGAAACAUCAGCUACUUCCGGCUAGAUGGUAGCACCCCUGCCUUUGAGAGGGAGCGGCUCAUUAAUCAGUUCAAUGAUCCCAGCAACCUCACCACCUGGCUGUUCCUUCUCUCUACAAGGGCCGGAUGCUUGGGUGUGAAUCUGAUUGGUGCCAACCGAGUGGUGGUGUUUGAUGCUUCCUGGAACCCUUGCCAUGAUGCCCAGGCUGUAUGUCGGGUAUACCGUUACGGCCAGAAAAAGCCCUGUUACAUCUAUCGCCUUGUGGCUGAUUACACUCUAGAAAAGAAGAUCUAUGACCGUCAGAUUUCCAAGCAGGGCAUGUCAGAUCGGGUGGUGGAUGAUCUAAAUCCAAUGCUGAACUUCACGCGGAAAGAGGUGGAAAACCUACUGCACUUUGUUGAGAAGGAGCCAGCUCCCCAAGUUUCCUUGAACGUAAAGGGGAUCAAGGAGUCAGUCCUGCAACUGGCCUGUCUGAAGUACCCUCACCUCAUCACCAAGGAGCCUUUCGAGCAUGAGUCAUUGCUCUUGAACCGAAAGGAUCACAAGCUAACCAAGGCUGAGAAAAAAGCAGCAAAGAAAAGCUAUGAGGAAGACAAACGCACAUCAGUCCCCUAUACCCGCCCAUCGUAUGCACAGUAUUACCCUGCCAGUGAUCAGAGCCUGACCAGCAUCCCCGCCUUCAGCCAGAGAAACUGGCAGCCAACUUUGAAGGGUGAUGAAAAGCCUGUGGCCAGUGUUCGUCCUGUACAGUCCACCCCCAUCCCCAUGAUGCCCCGGCAUGUCCCACUGGGAGGCAGUGUAAGCUCUGCCUCCAGCACAAAUCCAUCCAUGAACUUUCCGAUCAACUACUUGCAGCGUGCAGGAGUCCUUGUGCAGAAGGUGGUCACCACGACAGAUAUUGUUAUUCCUGGACUCAACAGCUCCACAGAUGUACAGGCAAGAAUUAAUGCUGGUGAGAGCAUCCACAUCAUCCGUGGGACAAAAGGGACGUACAUCCGUACCAGUGAUGGACGGAUCUUUGCUGUCCGGGCAACUGGCAAACCAAAGGUUUCUGAAGAUGGUCGGAUGGCUGCCUCAGGUUCCCAGGGACCUUCUUGUGAGUCCACAAGCAACGGCAGACACAGUGCCUCAUCACCCAAAGCCCCCGACCCUGAGGGGCUGGCCAGGCCCGUCUCUCCUGACAGCCCAGAGAUCAUCAGUGAGCUUCAGCAGUAUGCAGAUGUGGCUGCUGCCCGGGAAUCCCGUCAGAGCUCCCCAAGCACCAAUGCCGCCCUGCCUGGCCCCCCGGCCCAACUUAUGGACAGCAGUGCUGUUCCCGGGACAGCUCUCGGAACUGAGCCUCGACUAGGGGGUCAUUGCCUCAAUAGUUCCCUCUUGGUGACUGGCCAGCCCUGUGGUGACAGGCACCCAGUGCUGGACUUAAGGGGCCACAAGCGAAAGUUGGCCACACCACCUGCUGCCCAGGAGUCAUCCCGCCGGCGGUCCAGGAAGGGUCAUCUGCCAGCCCCCGUGCAGCCGUAUGAACACGGGUAUCCAGUCUCUGGCGGGUUUGCCAUGCCACCCGUCUCCUUAAACCAUAACCUCACCACCCCCUUCACCUCCCAGGCUGGGGAGAACUCCCUGUUUAUGGGCAGUACCCCCUCCUACUACCAGCUGUCCAAUUUGCUGGCAGAUGCCCGCCUGGUGUUUCCAGUGACUACUGACCCUCUGGUGCCAGCAGGCCCCGUCAGUUCCUCUUCCACGGCUACCUCAGUCACUGCCAGCAACCCCUCCUUCAUGCUCAACCCUUCUGUGCCAGGGAUACUACCCAGCUAUUCACUCCCAUUCUCACAGCCACUCCUGUCCGAGCCGAGGAUGUUUGCGCCUUUUCCUUCCCCUGUCUUGCCCAGCAACCUUUCGCGGGGCAUGUCUAUCUAUCCAGGCUACAUGUCCCCACAUGCAGGCUACCCAGCUGGUGGCCUUCUACGGUCCCAGGUGCCUCCAUUUGACUCUCAUGAGGUUGCCGAGGUGGGGUUCAGCUCCAAUGAUGAUGAGGAUAAAGACGAUGAUGUGAUAGAGGUCACUGGGAAAUAGCUAGGGAGGCCCUCCCCACCUCACCUGGGGCCCCCAGCAGGUUGCCCACCAAGCUGGAAGGCAGUGAUUUAGACUUUUUGAGAAUAGGACACUUGGCAGGAGGGAAAAGGAAGAGGACAAAGGAGGGUGGUUGGCCAAAGUGGCAGAGCUCUGUUGCUGUUUAACAAAAGAGGCAAAAAAAAAAAAAAAAAAAA